UUGGUUCAAUCAGACGUCACUCAGAGCAUUCUCUCGCUCUCUCUUCCUGUGUUUCCGCCCUUGGGCUGAGUGAGAAAGGAAGCGCUGAAGACAUCGCAUUCAUUGAGAAGACUGGCAUUAUUUGGAGAUUCCUUAGUUAGGUCCCAGCCUCAGGUAGCCUCUCCCUGUUCUGGAGCAGUGAUUCCAAGAAGAAACAGUGUGGCUGUGGUCUGCUCUUCAGUGUUGCUUGGAAAGCUAUAGCCGGCACCAUGGCGUUGUCGUACAAGAAGGACCUGGACAAGUACAAGGAUCUCGACGAAGAUGAAAUCCUCAACAAACUGUCGGCGGAGGAGCUCAAACAGCUGGAGACAGCCCUCGAGGAAAUGGACCCUGAGAAUGCUCUUCUCCCAGCGGGCUUACGUCAGAAGGACCAGACGGCUAAGAAAGCAACAGGAUCAUUCAACAGGGAUAGCCUCCUCAAAUACCUGGAGAAGGAAGCCAUGGAGUACAAGGACAGAGACGAUGUAGUGCCCUUCACUGGAGAGAAAAAAGGUAAAGCAUUUGUUCCUAAGCAGAAACCAAUGGAAACACGCCAGGAGGAAGUCACAACCCUUGAUCCAGAAUUAGAAGAAGCCCUGUCCAGCGCCACAGAUACAGAACUGUGCGAUCUAGCAGCGAUCCUGGGUGUUCACACGCUGGUCACCAGUACUCAGACAUAUGAUGGGACUGGAAGUAAAGAGGGUUACAACAAUGUGAUCAAAGGGGAGAAGAUGAACCCAGUGUUUGAUGAGCCUCCCAAUCCCACUAAUGUAGAAGAAACUCUGCAGAGGAUAAAAAACAAUGACAGCUCCUUAACAGAGGUCAACCUCAACAACAUUAAGAACAUUCCAAUUCCCACGCUGAAGGACUUGGCCAAAGCCAUGGAGAAGAACACGCACGUCAAGAAGUUCAGCCUGGCGGCAACACGGAGUAACGACCCAAUUGCUGUGGCGUUCAGUGACAUGCUGCGGGAGAACAAGACAUUGCGAAGUUUGAACUUGGAGACCAACUUUAUCACCGGGACAGGGGUGCAGGCUUUGGUUGAUGCGUUGCGAGACAAUGACACACUCACAGAGAUCAAGAUAGACAACCAGAGGCAGCAGCUGGGUACUACCGUAGAGAUGGAGAUAGCUAAAAUGUUGGAAGAGAACAACAGCAUAGUGAAGUUUGGCUACCACUUCAACCAGCAAGGACCUCGCUCCAGAGCUGCUGCAGCUAUCACCAAGAACAACGACCUGGUCCGCAAGAAGCGAGUGGAAGGGGACCUGUAGGGACGGAGUCCAACCUUUCUCCCAGCCAAUCCUGUUGUUUCAUCUCACCGUGUGGAAUAAUUUCAGCCAAUGCCCUGGUCUCAUCUCACUGUGUGAAAACUUUAGUCUUGUGCCAAACUGUGGGGCAAGGCGCUCAACCAGAACAUGUAUCUGAGAAGAAGGGAAAUAACUGGAAUUGCCCUCUCCCGUACACAUGUUUAUACUUGUGUUUAUUAUUAUGUUGUUAUUGAAAGUGUAAAUGAUUAGUUUGUAGUCAUUUCAUUUCAGCUUCUCCUUUGAGCCUUUAUAUGAUCUGUCAAGACUUUUUACUUGCUUUUUCCUUUUAUACUAUGCUAUAACCAUGUGAAAUAAACGUGAAAAAUUACCAAGUAACAGAAACAACAACAACAACUUUGUGAAAACAAUAACUAACAUUGAGAAACCCCUGUAUCUUCUACCAUGAUAGGUUGCUGUUGAGGCCUAAGCUUCCAGUGGAAUUCCUGCAGCAGACUUUUGUCAUUAAAACGAUGGGGAUAGCAUACAGAAUGGUUAUAGCCUGGCCAUGACUACUAGCCUGCAAACCUUGUCUGACUGUACAGCUGUAGAUAACACAAGUUAUCAUAAGGUAACACAAGUCACCAUGUAGUAACAAGCUGACUUUUGCUUCUAAUGUUGCUGAUGAGAUCACUGUUUCUUUCCAUCUGCAUGGUGGUUUGCAGGUGUUGUUUAUUGCCUUGUAAAGCCAGCUUGACUGUCUGGCUGGUGUGUGUAACAGUUAAGUUUGCGCUGGCCUCAUGCUGUAGUCAGCCUAGGAACAGAUGUUGGCUCACCCACCUUUAUAUAAAUGUAAUACUGUAAGUAUCAAUGCAUAAUGUUUUAUAUCACUUUACUGUUUUAUUCUAACUAAAAAUCUUGUUUUCAUAUGAUUCAAAUUCUGAUGUUGGUUAUUCUAAUCACUUAUGUCCCUUAACAGGAAAUUAUAACUAGGUUUUGAUAUUUUGGAUCAAGUAAAAAUGGGAUUGUACUAUAAAAGGAACAGGAUAUUAACCCCAGUCCAUACUGGAGAGGCUUGGCUACAAAUUAUGCUGUAAAUGUCUGCUCAACACACUGGGUUUCUCUAAUGCUUAACCAUGCCAAAGACUAACACAUGCAGUUCUUAAAGUAUCAAUAUUGAACUUAAUGGUUAUCGGUUCAGGUUUUGGCUUCGUCAGCUAUUGUCACUUCCUCACAGUACAGAUCUGGGAAAGGAGUCUGUGGGUUAACAACAAUGAUGUAGACUUUUUGUUUUUAGCUCACACCUUGCCAUUACAUUUUAUUUUUUAUUUUUUUCCAUUUUGUGGGUCAUUUAUAGCAAAAUGUUCCGUAAGGACCGGUAGUUCAGGGAGAUGUGAGGAAUAGUUAGCAAACGUUUGUGUGAAACUUCUCAGGUUGUGACUACUUGUGAAAUGUUUCUAUGAACCACAUCUCCCAGAUAGAAAGUCUUGUACAGAUCGGAAAUUUUACUCACACAAACACUUUCACUCGGCUCUCAGCAGCAUCUCAGCAGUAGCAUGUCAUUUAUUAUGCUACAGACAACAUGCUAUGUGUGCCUCAAACUGAACUUAGGUGCACUAACCUGCUUGAGAUGGGCAUAACAGGACUAAUUCAGGAGUUACUUGAAACUUGUAUAUACUGUUUAUGUUUAAUAGGAACAAUAUACUGGCAUGAAGUCAUCACGUGAACAUCAUGUUUCUCUCGACCAAAAAUGCUCGUCAUCGUAACAGCCUCACAUUCCUUGGACAAGAGCUGUAUGGCUGAGUUCAGUACUUUGUGCUUUAUAUCUGUGUACUUCCAUGAUCAUAUCAGCUAGUAUUUCAUCCUGAACUUUUUUGUUUUCACAUUACUGUGCUUUGCUGGAUGACAGUCAGCUAAAGUGGAAAACUGCUUCUCUCUCUACUUGGGCUUGUUGAGAAUAUUCUGUGAUUCAUAAUAUGUAUAUUGUAAAAUGGCAUCUCAAAUUCAAAAGUGCAUGCACACACACCCACACACACUUUUAUGUGUGUACCACAUAAAUCUGCACAACUCAUUGCUGAGAUUUUUUUUUUAAACCUUAAAUCAAAACCCAGGUGUAUACUCAACACAAGGAAUAUGUACUAUUAUAAAGCCACAAGACUGGUAAAACCCACUGCUGAAUAUAAAACAUCCUCAACAAUAAAUGUUUUUACAUA